UUCUAUAUAUAUUCAUCAACAUCAACACAAAAAUAUAAUAUGAUAAAAUGGAUAAAACAUCUACGGAUCACAUUUGGUGCUUCUUUUCUUUGGCUUGUUUGUUUGAUUUACUUCACCCAGGGUUUUAGAGCUUUCGUGUGGACAGCAGUUUCGUACCAGUUGAAAGACAGAUUGAAGCUAUCACCCUCUAUUUCCCAAUUUGUAACAUCCACGUCAUUUUUUCCAUGGAGCAUAAAACCAGUAUAUGGAAUCAUAUCGGAUUGUAUCCCUGUCAAUGGAAAGAAAAGGAUUCCUUAUUUAGUCAUUGCGACACUUCUCUCGCUCCUUUCAUGGGUGAUUCUUGGCUUUCAGGAAUCCAUGAGAAAUUCCAAACGUCCAUUCAUGAUCUUUUUGUUAUUGCAAAAUCUGGGCUCUGCAAUGGCGGAUGUUGUAAUUGAUGCAAUGAUUGCAGAGGCUGCUAGGAAUGAAAAGGCUAAAUAUGCUGGUGACCUGCAGUCAAUAUCAUGGAUGGCUAUGGCUCUUGGGGGAAUCUGUGGGAGUUUAUUUGGAGGAUAUGCACUUAAUAACUUUCAAAUGGGCGAUAUAUUUUUGCUUUUCUCCUUCUUACCAGCUAUACAACUAUUUUCAUGUGGUUUUGUGACGGAAAGCCCUGUUGGCAGUUCACAAUUGCCUGAAUUUUCUACUUCUAAUGACUCUGAUAUAGAUACUAAAACUGUAUCAGAUGAAGAUAAAGUUUCAACCGAAUCGCCUAAAUCUGGUACUUUGAUGAGAAAAAGAAGCCAUAAACUUAGCAAGAAGACCAUAUCAGACAUAAGUAAAUAUCAGAUGUCUGAAAAAGCUGAAUCUUUGCCUUCACAAUGGUUUCAAUCCUUGAAAAUGGCUGGUUAUUCUUUGUUCAUAGCUUUUAAACGCCCAAUUAUCUUGAGACCAAUGGCUUGGUUUUUCCUUGCGCAGGUGAUUAUUCCAAACCUUUCAACAGUUAUGUUCUACUACCAAACAGAAGUUCUUAAUUUAGAAGCUUCAUUUCUGGGCACAGCACGGGUUAUUGGGUGGAUGGGUCUCAUGCUUGGAACUUAUAUUUACAACCGAUACUUAAAGAAGAUGAAGUUACGAAAGAUUCUCAUGUUUGCUCAUGUUACUCUGUCACUAUUGACACUUCUAGAUCUAGUAUUGGUUUCUAGACUUAAUGUUCCAUUUGGCGUAUCGGAUGAAGUAAUGGUGUUAUUUGGGUCGGCUCUCUCAGAUGCAGUUCAUCAAUUCAAGUUCAUGCCUUUCCUGAUCUUAUCGGGACAACUCUGCCCACCUGGAAUAGAAGGGACUUUAUUUGCGCUUUUUAUGUCCAUAAAUAAUUUUGGGUCUACAAUGAGUUCAUUCGUCGGUGCUGGUUUGGCUUCAGUUCUAAACAUUUCUUCUGGUUCUUUUGAGAAUCUUGGUUUUGGGAUUGGCAUUCAAGUGAUCUGCACAUGUAUACCAGCUGGAUUUCUGUUUUUGAUACCAAAGGAUGCUACAGGGAUAUCGACAUGAUCCAUACUGACAUAAACAUAUACAGUAGUUUAGAUGACUAUAUUAAGUACUCAGAUUAAGAACACAAACAUUGUGAAAUGCUAAACUUUAAUCUUAAUUGAUGAUAGAUGAAACCAUUGGACUUUUGUU